AUGUUGAGGGCUACCAAAUGGAAGCUUGAGAAGGCUAAAGUAAAAGUUGUUUUUCGGCUUCAGUUUCAUGCUACAAAUAUUCCACAGAGUGGAUGGGAUAAGUUAUUUAUUUGUCUAAUACCAAUCGAAUCUGGAAAGAUCAUUGCAAAAACUAGCAAAGCAAAUGUAAGAAAUGGGGCAUGUAAAUGGGCAGAUCCUAUCUAUGAAACUACAAGACUUCUACAAGAUGCUAGAAAUAAACGAUAUGAUGACAAGUUCUACAAUCUCAUUGUGGGAAUGGGUACUUCAAGGGCUAGCAUUCUUGGUGAGGCUACCAUAAACCUUGCUGAAUAUGCAGAUGCAUCAAGUCCUUUGGUUGUUUCUUUGCCUCUUGAUGGAUCUGAUCAUGGAAUCCUUUUGCAUGUUACAGUUCAGUUGCUGACAGCUAAAACUGGAUUCAGAGAAUUUGAGCAGCAAUUUGAUAGGGGACUUCAGAGCAGCAGCAACCUAAAUCGAGAAGUGGAACCUAGUUUUGCAACAUCAUUGUCUUCUGAAUUAGCAAUCUCUGAAGAUCAUGGAAAUAAGGUUAAUACAGAAACACAUUUGGGAUCAGAACCUAAAGAGCUUAUUACAAUUGUUGAAGAAACAGGCAUACAUGAAGAAUUUUCAGAAUGUUAUUAUGCUGAUAAACAUGAAUUGCCAAGCAUCCAUGAAUCCCGGGAUUCAAACGGGCCUACAUGUAGUCAAAGCCCAACAACUGAAAAACCAGAUCAGUCCAAUCAUCAAGGAUGGAAUUCAGAUUAUUCAAUGAAUAAUAACUUAGCAAUUGCUCACGAAGAGAAUAACAGACUUAAAGGAAGCUUGGAAAUGGCUGAGGCUUCCAUUUCAGAACUUAAACAAGAACUAAUUGCUUUGCAUAGUCAUGCUAAUGAAAUGGGAAUGGAAACACAAAACAUUUCACAGCAUCUAAUGGCUGAGAUUUCUUCAGGCCAAAAACUAGAAAAAGAGAUUAUGGUGCUCAAAUCAGAAUGUUCCAAGUUCAAAGAUGAACUACAACAGCUAAAAGAAGUAAAGUCAAGGCCCAAAUCUAUUGAAAGGACCCAGGCCCAUCAGCCCACAUGGGCAAACGGGCUUUUACUUGUGGAGAAUCGAAUACGUGAGCUCCAACAAAAGAUUCCUUUUGGGAUCACUGCAUCUAAUUUAAACUCAGAUUUGGAGGUGCUUCUUGGAAUCCUACAUGAUCUUGAAAAGGAAACGGUUUUCACAAACGGUUUUGAUUCAGUAGAAGGUAAAAGUUUUCAAGUUUUAAGGGAGUUGGAUGAAGUGAAAACCGAAAGGGGAAAUCUAAUUAGAAAAAUGGAUGAGAUGGAGUGUUACUAUGAGGCACUAGUUCAAGAGCUUGAAGAAAACCAAAAACGGAUUUUAGGAGAGUUUCAGAGCCUUAGAUAUGAGCAUUCAACAUGUGUUUACACAAUUUCAACCUGCAAAGCAGAGACUGAAAUGACACGUCGUGAUAUGAACAAUCAAAUCUUAAGAUUCAUUGAAGAAAGACAAUCUUUGGGUUGUGUUAAUGAAGAUCUUACAAAAAGAGUUGCAUCUUCAGAAGUACGUGUGCAAGAGCUCGAGAAAAACAGAGAACAGAUUCUUAAAGAAUUCAAGAGCCUUAAAAAUGAGCAUUCGACAUGUGCUGAAACUAUUUCCACAUACAAAUCCGAGACUGAAUUGAUACGCCGUGAUAUGAACAAUCAAACCUUAAAGUUUGCUAAAGAAAGACAUGCUUUGGGUUGUCUUAAUGAGGAGCUUGAGAAAAAGGUUAAAACUGCAGAAUCACGUGUGCGAGAGCUCGAGGGAGAGCUUCAAAGUCUUAAAAACGAGCAUUCAAGAUGUGUUGACUCAAUUUUGACCUGUAAAUCCGAGAUUGAAAUGUUGAAAUCUAAUGAAGGACAUGAUUUGGGGUGUGUUAAUGAGGAGCUUGAGAAAAGAGUUAUGAAUGCUGAAUCACGUGUGCGAGAGCUUGAGGAAAACCGGGAAUGUAUUCUUGAAGAACUCGAGAGCUUAAAAAGUGAGCAUUCGACAUGUGCAGAUGCAAUUUCAACCUGUGAAUCCAAGACUGAAUCGAUACGUGAUGAAAUGAAUGAUAAAAUAUCAAAAUUGACCGAAGAAAUACAUGCUUUAGAUUCUGCUAACAAGGAGCUCGAGAAAAACCGGGAACGUAUUCUUGGAGAGUUUGAGAGCCUUAAAAAUGAGCAUUCGACAUGCAUCGAUACAAUUUCAACCUGCAAAUUGGAGAUUGAAUCAUUUCGCGAUGAAAUGAACAAUGAAAUCUCAAAGUUUAUAGAAGAAAAACAUGCUCUGGAUUGUGUUAAUGGUGAGCUUGAGAAAAGGGUUGUGAAUGCAGAAGCACGUGUUCAAGAGCUCGAGAAAAACCGGGAACAGAUUCUUAAAGAAUUCGAGAGCUUAAAAAACGAGCAUUCAACAUGCAAAUGUGAGUCUGAAUCGAUACAUGAAAUGAAGGAUAAAAUUUCAAAAUUUACAGAAGAAAAAAAUGAUUUGGAACGUGUUAACAAGGAGCUGGAGACAAGGGUUAAAACUGCUGAGUCAGCACUUGUAAGGGCCCGGUCAAAUUACUCGAUUGCAGUGAGUCAAUUGCAGAAGGACCUUGACAUGCUAUCAGGCCAGGUUGCUUCCAUGUUUGAGACUAAUCAAAAUCUGAUUAAAGGAACUUUUUCAGAAUCUUUGAUAAUCGAAAACGAUAAUGAAAAACAUGAAAAGAAGGAUCCUGAAAGGGAAGCGGAAGGGGGGUCUGAAUCAUUACGUAUGGCCUUCAUGAAAGAACAAUGUGAAACCACAGUGCAAGAACUAAAGCAACAACUUUUGGUUUCCAAAAGGGAUGCUGAUAACAUAUUGUUUAAGUUGCAAGAUGCCCUUGAUGAGAUUGAUGGUAGGAAGAAAUCCGAAGCUUCUUACUUGAAAAAGAUUGAAGAAUUGUCUUUCAAGAUUGUGGGAUUGGAAGCCGAGUUGGAAUCUUUACACUCUGAACUCGAAUGUGCUCUUUUGAAUCUUGAAUGUUGUAAGGAAGAGAAACAAAAGAUGGUUUCUAUUAUGGAAGAAUGCGAAGAGGAGAAGAUGAAAAUUGCAUUUGAACUUUCUUUGUUACAAGACCAGAUUGCCACUAAACAAAAUAUGGCUGGUGAAAUAGCACAAAUCAACGAGUUGGAGGGGUUGAAGAAGGAGAGAUCCAUUCUUUCAAUGAUGAGUAGUGGCUCAAAUUUUCAAGAUUUACAAAGAGAACUUGUGCAACUACACAAGGCUAAUGAAGAGCUCGGGGGAAUAUACCCAAAUUUUACGGAUCUCCCGGGAGAUGGAAAUGCAUUAAAAAGGGUGCUUGCAUUGGAAAUCGAGCUUGCUGAAGCACUGACAUCAAAGAACAAAUCCAGCAUCCAAAGUUCUUUUCUUAAACAACACAGCGAUGAGGAAGCGGUUUUUAAAAGCUUCAGAGACAUCAAUGAGGUGAUCAAAGACAUGUUGGAAAUGAAGAACAAAUAUGUAGAUGUGGAAAAUGAACUGAAGGAGAUGCAUGAACGCUAUUUGGAGUUGAGUCUGCAGUUUGCUGAGGUGGAAGGUGAGAGGCAAAAACUUAUGAUGACAGUGAAGAACUCAAGAUCACCCUCCAUUGGAAACCCUAGAUAAGAUAACAAUCUUUUGUACUAUGUAGAGUCUUAAUUAGUCUAUCAUAAUAUUGUUAUAAAAUCAGCAGAAUCUGUGAAUAGGUUUCGGGUUUAGCUGCAGGUGUGAAAAGGGAUAGAAGCAAGAGUGUAAAUGGGUGUAGUUGCAGACAUUUUAACCAUGUUUUUGGGUGUUUGAAGUUUUUCUUUUAGUGAGAUCCAUUUUGUGAAUUGUAAUUCAUAUUCUGAUAUUAGUAGAAAGGUUUGAUUCUUUUAUUGGUGAUUUGGUGGUUGUUUUUAGUCAUUCCGUUAAUGUAAUAACAAGAUAAACAUCGGUUAUCUGUGUCAUUUUAGUUGAACAAUUAUCUUUUAUGUUUGAUUGAUGUUUAUUGCAUAUCAACAAG